AUGGGUGUUCCCAACAACAGCAAGCACGCGAUUGCCGAAUGCAUCUCGGACGACGCGCUCAUUCACUUGAAGUCGUACCAGUACUCGGCUGUCGACAAGUCGCCCGUAUCCCACUAUAUCCUCCGUCCAUAUUGGAAUGCGGUCGUCGAACUCCUGCCGCUAUGGCUGGCGCCGAAUAUGGUGACCCUCUUGGGGUUCUUCUGCAUCCUCGCCAAUGUCGGCCUACUAGCGAUCUUCAUGCCGGACCUGAUCGGACCGGGGCCUUCGUGGCUGUACUUUAGCUUCGCCUUGGGACUCUUCAUGUACCAGACAAUGGACAACAUCGACGGCAAGCAGGCGAGGCGGACCGGCACGUCUAGCGGACUGGGAGAGCUGUUCGACCACGGCAUCGACAGCCUGAACUGCACACUCGCCAGCUUGCUGGAGACGGCGGCCAUGGGCCUAGGCAAUUCGAAGUCGGGUGUCUUCACGGCGCUCGUCCCCUGCCUGCCCAUGUUCUUCUCCACCUGGGAGACGUACCACACGCACACACUCUACCUCGGCGUGAUCAACGGACCGACAGAGGGCCUUCUUAUCGCCUGCGCCAUGAUGGCCAUCUCGGGGUAUUACGGUCCAGGCGUCUGGACAGAGCCUCUGGCGAAUCAUUUGGGCGACCGCGUGAACACUCUCAGUGGGCUGGGCCUGACGGCGAAUCAGCUAGGUGACCUCUCGGUGCGCGACAUCUGGAUCGUGCUCCUCGUGUCGUCGCUCCUGUUCACGCACGUUCCGUUCUGCAUCUACCACGUGGUGCGGGCGCGGCGGGCGCGCAACCAGGCGGUGGCGCCCGUCUUCCUCGAGUGGACUCCCAUGGUGGUCUUCUCGGGCAGCAUUGGCGCGUGGCUGUACAGCCCGCACUCGACGCUGCGCGCCGAGAACCACCUCAUGCUGUUCUGCAUCAUCAUGAGUUUCGUAUUUGGCCGCAUGACGACCAAGAUCAUCCUAGCCCACCUCACGCGCCAGCCGUUCCCCUACUGGACCGUCAUGCUGUGGCCGCUGGUCGGCGGCGCCGUGCUCGGCAACCUGCCGCGCCUCGGCUUCCCGGCCGUCUCGGCAGAGGUCGAGCACACCUACCUGUGGGCCUACCUCGCGUUUGCCACCGUCGCCUACUUCCGCUGGGCCUACGUGGUCACGUCGAGCAUCUGCAACUUCCUCGGCAUCAACUGCCUGACCAUCCCCGCCGAGAAGCUAGCUGCGAAUAAGAAGGCGGCCGAGCUGGCGGCGAACGGGGUCGCCAAUGGGAGAAAGACGCAGUAA